AUGGCGGCCGUACAAGGUGGUCUGGUCGACGCGGAUAAUGAGAAAGACAUAAAAACGGAACCACCAAGCGAUGGAUGGGUAAAUAACAAUGCGAACGACGGCAAAGUGCUCUCCGCGUCGCCCGGCUCCAGCGCUACAGCUGGGAGCAACAAACCGGCGGCGGCGACGACGGCAACGGCGGCGGGAACCCCGGAGGACCAGCAGACGCUGUUGGCGGUCCUGCAGUUCCUCAGAAAGAACAACCUGAGCGAGUCUGUCGAAAUAUUACGCCGUGAAGCGGGUCUACCGGAGAAUUCACUCGAAGCGAAGGCGGGAGACUCGUCUGGGACUGGAGAUGCGGACACAGAUGCCGGUGAUUCAAGCUCUCUUCUCAGCCGGGUGACCGUCUCAUCCUCAGCCAGAGCACCGUCGCCGAAAAAAGCUACAGCUGGGGAGGAUCAGCCAGAUGUGAAUGUGGUCCUGUCAGCUUACAGCCAGCAGGGAGACCCAGCUCUGUAUGAUGUUUACUACAGUGGCCUGAAGAAGUUCAUAGAAACCGUUUUGGACUGUCACAGGGCAGAGCUGUCGCAGGUCUUCUACCCACUGUUUGUGCACAUGUAUCUGGAGUUGGUGUACAACAAUCAUGAAAGCGAGGCCAAGGCUUUUUUUGGAAAGUUCAGUGGGGACCAGGAGUGCUAUUAUGAAGAUGACUUGCGUAUUUUGUCCAGCCUUUCAAAGAAGGAGCACAUGAGGGGCAAUGAAACUCUCCUUGACUUCCGCACGAGCAAAUUUGUCCUGCGCAUCUCCCGUGAUUCUUACCAGCUUCUGAAGAGACACCUGCAAGAGCGGCAGAACAACCAGAUCUGGAAUAUUAUCCAAGAACACCUCUACAUUGACAUUUUUGAUGGCAUUCCACGCAGCAAGAGCCAGAUUGAUGCCAUGUCCGGCAGCUUGGCUGGAGAGGGAAGACGAGAAGCCAAUAAGACCAAGGUUUACUAUGGAUUACUGAAGGAGCCUGAGAUUGAGCUUCCCCUUGAUGAUGAGGAUGAGGAGGCAGAGAACGAGGAGGGGAAACCCAAGAAGAAGAAACCAAAAAAGGACAGUAUGGGCUCCAAAAGUAAAAAACAGGAUCCAAAUGCACCCUCUCAAACUAGGAUACCUCUGCCAGAAUUAAAGGAUUCAGACAAACUAGAUAAGAUCAUGUACAUGAAAGAAGCGACCAAGAGGAUCCGUCUAGGACCAGAUAACCUCCCGUCCAUCUGCUUCUACACUUUCCUAAAUGCAUACCAGGGUUUGACUGCAGUGGACUUCACAGAUGACUCCAGUCUGAUUGCAGGAGGCUUCGCUGAUUCCACAGUGCGGGUGUGGAGCAUCACACCAAAGAAACUCCGCAAGGUCAAAUCUGCAGCAGACUUGAACGUGAUUGACAAAGAAUCUGAUGAUGUGCUGGAGAGGAUCAUGGAUGAGAAGACGGCCAGUGAGUCAAAGAUCCUCUACGGACACAGUGGUCCAGUAUAUGGCAUCAGCUUCAGCCCGGACAGAAACUACCUUUUAUCAAGUUCUGAAGAUGGUACUGUCAGGCUGUGGAGUCUUUUAACAUUUACUUGUCUAGUGGGCUACAAGGGCCACAAUUACCCAGUGUGGGACACCCACUUUUCUCCCCAUGGCUACUAUUUUGUCUCUGGAGGACAUGACAGAGUUGCCCGUCUUUGGGCGACGGAUCACUACCAGCCUCUACGGAUAUUUUCUGGCCAUCUAGCGGACGUUACCUGCACCCGCUUUCACCCCAACUCCAAUUAUUUAGCGACGGGGUCAUCUGACCGCACCAUCCGCCUCUGGGAUGUCCUUAAUGGAAACUGUGUCCGUAUAUUCACAGGCCAUAAGGGUCCUAUACAUACGCUGGCUUUCUCUCCAAAUGGGAAGUUCUUGGCCUCUGGAGCCACAGAUGGAAGAGUUCUUCUGUGGGACAUUGGUCAUGGGCUGAUGAUUACAGAGCUCAAAGGCCAUACUGAUACCAUCUACUCCCUGAAGUUCAGCAGGGAUAGCGAGAUCCUUGCCUCUGGUUCCAUGGACAACACCGUUCGUCUGUGGGACGCAACGAAAGCAUUUGAUGAUUUAGAGACCGAUGACUUCACAGCAGCUACGGGACACAUUCAUCUACAAGAUAACUCGCUGGAGCUGCUGCUGGGCACCUAUAUGACUAAAUCAACACCUGUCAUACACCUUCACUUCACCCGAAGGAACCUACUGUUGGCUGCUGGUGCCUACAAUCCAUAAGACAUUACUGAAUUAUGAUUAGAAGAAAAAAAAAAAUCAAUGGAAGCUUGAAAUUAAGCUAAAGUUUGGUCCCAGAGCUCUCCAGAAAUGUCAGGUGAUUUGUGGGUCAGUAGGAACUGUGUUAGAACCUGUACUGUGAGUUUACAUCUGAUGGACAUCUAGCUGUGAUUGAGUUUUAAAAUAAGGUUAGUCCACUCAUGUACUGAUCAAAAGUCAGAGAUUUUGGCUCCAAAUCUAACUUGUCUGUAGAUACUCAUUUGCCUGAGAGAAGUGCCAUUGCUGUUUGAAGACCAUGCAUAAAUCAUUGCCAUGUGUACAACUUUACUCGACACAUGGUUAACAUUUCUGUAUCAUAGUCUUUUAUACUGGUGUAUACUGUAAAUAAAACAAAGUGUUUUUUA